AUGUCGGCUUCAGGAUCCGGUGCCGCGCCCGCGGCUUCAUCAUCAGCAACCAAUCCAGCAAAAAAGGCGUUCCCAAGCGUAGAUCUUGAGGGUCACAAUCUUCCUCCGUCACCUGCUCCAUCUAGUCCUCAUACCGGAAGGCGCUAUGCAAUUGCCACAGAACUCGUCUAUACCGACAGCGGUGACCAGUACAACGCUAGCAGCGUUCCCAUCUACCAGAGCGCCACUUUCAAACAGACAUCCGGUGGUGGAGGCGGAGAGUAUGAUUAUACUCGGUCCGGCAAUCCGACUAGAACGCACUUGGAACGUCAUCUAGCAAAGGUCAUGUCUGCUCAGCGUGCUCUGGUUGUUUCCUCCGGCAUGGCUGCAUUGGAUGUCAUCACUCGGCUGCUUCGUCCUGGUGAUGAAGUCGUGACCGGCGAUGACCUUUACGGUGGAACACACCGUCUGCUUAAAUACCUGUCGACCAAUGGUGGUAUCAUCGUCCAUCAUGUUGACACCACCCAGCCGGAUAAGGUGCGGGAAGUGCUGAACGAGAAGACAGCCAUGGUUCUGCUCGAAACACCCACCAACCCCCUCAUUAAGAUCGUCGACAUCCCUCAGAUCGCUACCGCCGCACAUGAGGUGAACUCCACCUGCCUUGUGGCAGUUGAUAACACUAUGAUGUCUCCGAUGUUGCUCAACCCUCUCGAAUUGGGAGCGGACAUUGUCUAUGAGAGUGGGACGAAGUACUUGUCGGGUCACCACGAUCUCAUGGCUGGUGUGAUCGCUGUCAAUGACCUGGCGCUCGGCGAGCGUUUGUACUUCCCCAUCAAUGCCUCGGGCUGCGGAUUGUCCCCAUUCGAUUCCUGGCUAUUGAUGCGUGGAGUGAAGACCCUCAAGGUACGGAUGGAUCAGCAGCAAGCGAACGCACAGCGUAUUGCCGAAUUCCUCGAGUCCCAUGGGUUCAAGGUCCGGUACCCUGGGCUGCGGUCGCACCCUCAAUAUGACCUUCACCACUCGAUGGCCCGUGGAGCUGGAGCUGUGCUGUCAUUCGAGACGGGUGAUGUCGGUGUGAGUGAGCGUAUCGUUGAGAGUGCCAAGCUAUGGGCUAUCAGCGUUAGCUUCGGCUGCGUGAACAGCUUGAUCAGCAUGCCUUGCCGGAUGAGCCAUGCUAGUAUUGAUGCGAAGACGCGCCAGGAGCGCGCCAUGCCGGAGGAUCUGAUCCGCCUGUGUGUUGGUAUUGAGGAUGCAGAUGAUCUGAUUGACGAUCUGACAAGGGCGAUUAUGCCGGAAAAUGCGAUCUCUCCUGAUGGAGCUCUUUCCAUGCAUGCUGUCACUGAGCGGCCAACAUCCACUUGGAAUACCAGCCGAUUAGGUUCGCGACUGGGCGUGGAUAUCGCCAGUGCUGCCACAGCAGGAGCUUUAACGUGUCCCGUCAUUACUGUUAUCGAUCGUGCGAUCAUCGAGAAAGCGUCCAAAGGCAUUCCCAUCCGACAGACGAUCACAUCAUGUUUCGGGUCUAUGAUUCGUCACCCAACGGGCUUCUUCCUCAGUACACCGUUUCUCCUUAUAUAUACACUCUAUACGUCGACAUAUUUAACUGCCAAUGCCAUUGACACGAUCUCGUCGACUAUGCGCAACCAACCGUUCUCCUCUGUAUUUGCCGGAACGGCCAAGUUCCUCGCCACGACAACGGUGAACAUGGGAAUCUGCGUAUACAAGGAUGCCAGGUUCGCACGGAUAUUUGGCGCACAGUCCAAGCCUACACCAUCUCCCUCCUCGACAUCUGCGCGCACGACAUCUGUCCCGGCCUCCUGUCACCCAUCUGGGGCUGCCACAGUACCCAAAGUCUCAUAUGCCCUCUUCUGUCUCCGCGAUAGCAUCACCAUCUUCGCUUCCUUCAACGUCCCCACGCUAAUCGCGCCGUCGAUCCCCGAUUAUAUUGCAUCUACACCCGGGAUGAAGGCUGCGAUAGCUCAAUUCUCCUGUCCGGCCCUUAUGCAAUUCGCCAGCACACCGAUGCACUUGCUCGGUCUGGAUUUGUACAACCGGCAACCGCCGGGCGGAUUGGGAUGGCGCGAGCGGGUAUCGCGUAUUCGUCGGGAUUAUAUCCCCAGCUGUUUUGCUCGCAUGGGGAAGAUCGUACCCGCGUACGGUGUGGGAGGUGUGGCUAAUGUGAGGCUAAGAUCUGCUAUGAUGCAAUAUCUCGAGCGGACGGAGAAGUGA